AUGUCAAACUUCCUGGAGCGUGUCAUCACGUUCAGUCACAAUACCGCACCAGCAGCUAGUCUUCCGCUCGAACUACAACAGCUUGUCUACUCCUGCUUGGACACCAAGUCGUUCUUCGCUACGCGCCAGGUCUGCAGAUGGUGGAGAUACGCUUCUCUGGACGCCGUCACACUAUCAAGGCACCUCGAACGACUUCCGCUACGCCCUGGAUACGCGAGGGCUGGGAUCGGUCAGCAGGAUACAGCAGCUUUGUUCAAUGCUGCUAGCCGCAUUCUUAUGUUCGACCUGACUGCGAAGCAAAGCGGACACAGGCAGGAUCUCCCCCGAGUAGCCGACAACGUCAGACAGACUGCAAACACUGCUUGCAACAGGACGGUCACUGUUGUCGGGUCGACGAUCACACUCUAUGACACUUCGAAUUCAACACCGAGGCUAGUUUCGCAACGACGGCUGAAUGAUCUAAAGGCGACUCUCGGUGAUGGACCAUGGCUCAAAGUCACUCCAAUCUCCGAUCACGAGCUUGCCUUGUCUUCUGAUGGACGAUUUCUCGCAGUGGGUCUCGAGCGGACUAUUCAGAUCUAUGAUCUGUUGGACGAUAGCGACAGUGCGACAGUGAACCAGUACAUACCAGCCGCAGCCGGACACUUCAUCUGUGGCCUCGCGUUUGAUCUGGAUGACUGGGUGUUGAAGGUGUCUCUCAGUGGCAAGGGCGCCGUGCUGUACCUUGGCUCUCCUCGAAACAAUCUUCAAAUGGAGACUGAACCAGACCUGGACCACUGGAGCAGCACGGCAGGACUGAAGCACGUAUUCCUGAACGACUCGCAACUUACGGCGAAGCAAGACAACUUCUCGGCAGGUAACCACGCACGCUUCUGCGCGACUCACCUCCUGCGUCCGUACAAAGAUGGCUACCUCUUCGCCGCGCAACGGCACGGCCGCGGAGAGAGCAACCACUACGUCGUUGCCCACGUCAAGUGCUCAGCCUCUGCCACCACAUCCGGACUCGUUGCGGAACCGAACAGCGUCGUGGAGUUGGCAAGGCUGGAGAGCUUUCUCAGCAGCUGGAAUUGCAGAUCGGAUGGCUUCUCGAGUGAUGGGAUGGGGACUUGGGGCAAGAUGCCUAGUGCGCAUGAACAUCAUUCGCAGUACUGUCUCAGUCCGGACAGCAGGCUGCUGCUGGUGGCUGAGAAGGACAAACAUUGUAUUCGACCGAAUGUCUUGAUGCAAUCCUAUGGCUACCGUCUUCCCGGUGAGGCUGCUAUGUCGCGGAUGCUGGAGGAAAAUGCCAAGCCGGCCAUGGAAGCGAGGACUACGACCAAGGUCCCGGGUGGAAUGGCAGCGAGUUGUAAGGAGAGUGAUUCUGGCGAGGAAGAAGCAGUGUGUAGGAUUGCGAGGAUUCCGUUGGCCGUUGGUGCCAUCAAAGGCCACCUGAGUAGUUUGGGGUGUCGCCUCGAGCACUUGGGAGGCAGAAGGAGCUAUGUAGUGGAGAUGACCACCGAUGAAGAGGUCAAGUCGUGGUCACUAGAGAGUUUCUAA